AUGGAUCAUGCAGUAGUGGAAAAUGAAAAACGACAAACAGAUAUUAAAACUGUAAGUGAUGAUGCUCGAACAGGUGCUACAAAAACAAAUAUGCAACCACCUGAUACAACAACAUUAGAAGGAACAAUUGCUAACGAAGCUAAUCCAAAUACAAAUCCACAUCAUAAGAAGAGAUGUGAUCAAUAUUUAAUACUUCGAUAA